AUGGCGUCCGCACUUGUUGAGACUCCGCCUGUUGAGCCAUCCCUCGCCCGGACCUACAACGGCGGUUAUCUCAAGACCAGCCACGGCAUCAACCAUGACUAUGAGAACACCCAGGUUGGGGGUGCGACCGAUAUUCUCGCAAAGCAGGCCAGCAGUAAGGAGAAGUUCGGCGAUUGGAGGGAUGACUUUUUCUCCGAGGGCUUCACCGUGGUAAAGGGUGCUAUCUCCCGCGAGAAGGCCAUUCAGUAUCGUGAACGGGCCAUGGAGUGGUUCCAAAAGUUCCCCUUCGGCUUCGAUAUCCAUGACAAGCGCACUUGGACCGAGGAUCAUCUACCCAUCAUGAUGAACGGCGGGAUGGUUAUGGGUUACUGUGCCACGCAUGAGAAAUGGGUGUGGGAGGCUCGGACCGAGCCAGGCGUUAUUGAACCUUUUGCCAAGCUUUGGGGCACCGAUGAGCUCUUAGUGUCUUUUGACGCCGUGAACAUUACUCUCCCUGGUCGCACAGAUGGUAUCAUCAACCUAUCUGAGGCCGGCCCUCUGGAUGGUGGUCUUCAGCUGCUCCAGGGCUCCUCGGAGCUAUUCGAACUUUUCUUCAAGGAGAACCCCCCCAAGCCCAAAGCAAAGGAUGCCCCCGGCCAGCUCGAUUGGUACGGGUUUACCUUGGAGGAUGUGGAGUGGUUCAAAGACCACGGCUGCAAGCUGAUCAAAAUUAACGCCGAACCUGGUGAUGUUAUUAUCUGGGAUUCUCGAACAGUCCACUACGCCUCAUUGCCACAAAGUGAGACCAUACGAACAAUUAUAUACGCGACCUAUACACCGGCCAGCCUGGCUACGCCUGAGGAUGUGGCUUUAAAAGCCGACAUUUUCCAUCGCUUUGAAGGCACCACCCACUGGCCUCACUGCAACAUUUUCGCCCAGGGCAAGGCCAUGCGAGGAGAUAAGAUUUGCCCCGGGGAGCGGAAUGAGCCGUUGGAGAAGCCCGAGAUGACCGACCAGGUUCUCAAAUUGGCUGGUGUCAAGCCCUACUAA